UUGCUCAUCCAUUUCGUGAUAUAUAAUGAAUAUGCCUGAAACCUAACCUUAGUGACAAACGCAAACUAAUAGGUAAAGGUGUUAUUGGUAACAUCCAUAUUCACGAAAUCACAAUCUUUUCAAAACAAGUCUUAUACAAUGAACGAAGACGAGGAAAUUUGUAGGAGCCUAGUAAAAUGGUUUCAAAAAAUAGUACCGAAUAGAACCCGUAAUACAGCGGAAAUAUGUGAUGGUGUUGCUAUGUUGGAAGCGCUUUUGCAGUUUGUUCCUGAGCAUUUUACUAAACUCGAACCAAAAAUUAAAAAAGACGUGGGAGCGAACUGGCGUUUGAGGGUCAGCAAUUUAAAAAAAAUAGUAGAGGCUGUUAUUGAGUAUUAUCAAGAUGUGUUAAACCUACAUAUUCUUGAAGAAGGUCGCCCAGAUGUCAACCGAAUUGGAGAAAACUGCGAUUCUAUACAGCUAUCCAAAUUGCUACGUUUAAUACUUGGAUGUGCAAUAUAUUGUGAUAGAAAACAAGAUUACAUAACUCUAAUCAUGGAAAUGGAGGAGUCAGUUCAACAAAAUAUUAUGCAAGCCAUUCAGCAUUUAGAAAAAGUUACUGGAUGCGAAGGAAGAUCAGGAAUAAGUCUUCUUGUCUUAGAUAGUGAUGCGCGGGUAGUGAAGUUAGUUUCUGAUCUGGAAGCAGCAAAUGAAGCCAGAGAAACACUUAAUCAGCAGUACCAGCAGCUGGAUCAACACUAUCAACUUUUAAUGGAGGAGAAGCACAAUUUGGAAAUUCAAAUUAGGGCAUUGUUAGAUAAGGAAACUAAAAUUCCAGAUACGCGCAAACAAAUAGAACUUCUUAAAGAGGAACUAUUUAAGGCGGAAGUGAUGAGAGAUGACUUUAAAGCUAAGUUGCUGGAACAAGAAAAACAAAUGCUUACUUAUCAGGAAAAAAUUGCAGAGCUUCAGGUAGCGGUAAGUGAUUCAUCUAGAUUAAAGGAUGAGAUUGAUGCUUUAUCAGAAUCAGCGGGUAAGGUAAAUGACCUAGAACAAGCUCUUGCAUCAUACAAAAAGAGACUUGAGAAUUACCAGGAUCUUAAGAAGCAUGUUCACAAAUUGGAGCAAAAUAAUACAGAUUAUAUUCAAAAAAACAUGGAACUAGAAGAGGAGUUAUCAAAAAGUAACACCUGGAGGAGUCAGUGCGAAACCUAUAAGAGUAGGAUAAUAGAAUUAGAGCAGAAAUUAGAUGAAGAGACUCAAAAAGCAGACAAAGCACAAUUUAAUUUAGAAAAGGCAGAACUGAAAUUGGCUACCCUUAAUGGGGAAAAAAAUCGUCUAAUUGCUGAACGGGAUUCCUUAAGAGAGGAAAAUGAGGAACUUAAGCUUGGUCAUGUCAAGAAUGAAACAGGUGCAGCCGUGUCUCAAGAAUUAACACCGGCAGAUUUGAAAGAAAGAUUGCGAUUCUUAGAAAAAGAAAAUAAAACAUUAAGGUUAACAAAUCAAGAAGUAGAAACUAAACAAUCAAAUCUGGAUAGUGCCUUGAGUAGAAUUGAUAAACUCCAACAGCAAAAUCGCAAUUUAAAUCAGACAUUAUUAAAAUUAGAGGCACAAUUGGAGGAAUUGAAGUUACAGAACCAAGGCGACGUUCAGAAUAUACCAAACAGUUCUAGAAUACUGGCAGAGAAUAGAGAAUACAAACAGAAAAUCACUACCUUACAAGAGGCACUUGCUGGAAAGGACGCCGAACUUCAACAUUCUCAAGCUAAAUAUAAUAGAAACGUAGAAAGAGCCAAAGAAAUUGUUCAGAAUUUAGAAAAUAAAUCAAAUGGAAACGGAAAUUCUGGUUCCUUAAAAAGGCAUCAAUUAAAGGAAUUUGAGGAAAACUUAUUGGUCUCUGCAUAUUACAACUUGAGUUUAAGUUGUCAUCGUGAAGCAAUGGACGAACGUUUGGCCGCUUUGACUGCUGGUCAAGGUCAAUCUUUUUUAGCUCGCCAGAGACAGCCUACCCCAAGGAAGCAGAUUCAAAGAUUCAAAUCUAAAUAAUAUCUAACUAUGCUUAAAUGAUAUAUCAUAUUUAAGGUUUUAUUGAAGUUAGUCUAAAUUAUUUAUGUAUCUAUGUACGUUUAUUUUAUCACAUGUAUGUCAAAAGAAAAUAUAUACUAUUUAUACACCCAAGCAGAUGUAUUUAUUUACAGUUUCAAAAGAAGUAAUUUAGAACUUUGUAAUAACCAACUCCGGUUUUAUUUUUUAAAUAAACAAUAUUAUGAUGCCCAGGAAUUUGUGAAACUCAAGCCUCUACACCUAAACGGGCGAUAUUACGAUAUACUCGCUGUAUUUAUUUUCGAGCCAUGUUAGUAACCUGAUUCCACAAUAUUAUCUAUCAGCUCUUGUAAGCCUUUUGGAGUGUUUGUAAAUAUCCCUGUCAUCUGCAUAGCGUAUAUUGUUAAUUAUUUGACCAAUGUCACUGUUCUCUAGUGCUUGC